AACUCAGCGUUUCACAGUGAUAGGCCAAGCAUGCCAGGGUGUGUGGAUGCAUGGGUUUUUAUAUAGAAAGUACAUGAUGUGGUAAAAGUUGACAUACUACUUAAAUGUCAGUGGUUUAUGCUUUCUUUGAAAUUACUACGCUUCUUAUUGAGCGCAGCGUUUGUUGUUUACGGCGUACAGCCUGUCCAACAGCGUAACAUCAGUAAAUAAUAAAUAAGGCUUCAGUAGAUUUAAAAACCUGCACCAAGGACGUGAAGUUAAUAAUCUGUCUGUUUGUUAGGAUUACUCUGGGUUGAAUGAAAAGAAUUAAAGUGUUACCAAAGUUGUUUAGUAGUAGUAUUUUACUAGUAAUAGUUUAGCUUACCUUAUAUUCAAUUUAAUUAUUUUGAAUAUAUCAGGAUUUAGAAGCUUUUAGAAGGAUUCUUUGUGAGGAUGGGGCAAACUGUUGUUGUUCUCAGGACAAAAUGACAAAGGGACUCAAUGCAUUUAUGAUUUGGAGGGAGAUGAAGAGUCAGGUCUUUUGUGGAAAAUCUUCCAAAAAGUUUGAACUUUCACAAAACUGCUCGGCUUGUAAUUAUAUGACCGAUCUGUCUGUCACCAUCUACCAGAGGCAAAUUGUAACCAGUUAGAUCUGGAUCUACAAGCUCUGUAAGCACACAAACAAUGUGUCUAGAUAAAAGUGAAAAUGUGUGCAUAAGUCACCGUAAAAAUAACUAAAUAUCUAAAACCUCCCAUGGCUGCAGCCAUAUUGGACUGUAGUUCUUCAUAGUUAGCUGACUGGUCUGAAUCAGCUCUGCUUUGCUUGUAAAUGCUGAAGCCUGCUGGAGUGAUUUCCAGUUGUCAGAAAAAAUGAAAAUUCAAUCGUCUCACUGUAAAAAGCAAACGUACUAAAUUGAAAACAAGUUAAAGCAAUAUCUGCUUUAAUGUCAUGACCACUGAACAGGAUGAUGAAGUCUUUAUUUAGAUGUGGGUCGAUAACAAAGCCACAGUGACCCUGAAUCAGCUUCACUUCCUAACAGGGUUUUUAGAUUCACUCUGACCCGAGCAGAUACAGUUUGUAAAACUAAUUUGAAUUGAUUAAAGUCACGUGUAGAAACGUUGAAGGUGCUGAUCUAACACGCAUCUGUGUAGUAUUUAAUGCACAGUAGGAGUCCAGGAGUCUGCAUUUAAGCCCUCAGGUGUCUGUCGUCUGUGGCCACAGGAGGGCAAAUUGAAUGUGAUCUUAAUCUGCUGAAGGGGCGAACUGGACAGCUUGUUAGUGUGCAAUUGGGACAUCUUAGCCACCCAGCAGGGAAAGUUUAGAUUUGAAAAUUAAAGAAAAUGACAAACUGCCAAAUAUUUAACAUGCAGUGUUUGUAGCUGCCAAUGAAAGAGACAGAAAUGGGAUGAGAAGCGGAAGAGAAGAAAGAAUAAAAUGAAAGAGAAGGGACAGAGUGGUGCCAGACUUCAAGUGUCACCAGAAAGGGGCUAACUGAGCCCUGGGAAACAGGCCGGCUGCAAGAAAAAUGGAAAAUGAAAGAGAAAGUGAAAGAAGUGACAGACAACCAGGCAGGCUAGAAGAGGAAAAGCAGGACACUUGGAAGCAUCCUUCACUUCCACAUUUAAUUUAAAUUGAAUCAGAGGAGGAGAACGCCAGACCACCGGAAGACCGGGCAGAAGAGAGAGUGUGUUAGAGAUUAGUGGCGAUAACGGCAGAGAAGGAGGGAGCGAGGGAUAAGCAUGCUGCGUGGUAUUAGAGGCGUAAGCUCCGUCUGGUAUUUUUAGUGUGGAUGGUCCCUUAGUGACAGAAAGAGAGAACCACUGUGAAGACUGAGGAGGAGAAGAAUACCAGAGAGGAAGAGGACACGACAUGAGGAGGGAUGGAGCUGAAGGAAUAAGGCUGCUGUUGGAGGGAAAGGGGAGGAGCUUGUGUGGCUCUGUCUGAGCUUGUUGUGACUGUAAGAGUGUUUGUGAGUCACUGCCUCGCCUGGAUAAGUGUGUGUACCUGUACUGUACAACACUGUCCACAGUACACAUCCUGCAAGCAUCAGGAGCUCGCUUUAACGUCCGCCCUUCCUCACCGCCUGGGUCCGGGUCACAUGACCUGUCGGUGGAUAUUGUUUGACUCAGAGCUUUUAGCCAGAGCGGUGCAGACUCAUUGCUUCCACACAGCUGAGAUUAUUCAAACCUGCGUUGGCGCUGUCUGGCACAGCUGAGCUAUUUUAAGAGACGGCAAAGAACAAGCGAAGACGCUUCAUAAAAAUGUGCGUUUAGUCUGUCAGCUGUGAGGACGCAAGCAGGACACUCCUUUUAUUUUUUUUUUGUAUUUGUUGUUUUUUUAUUGCCGGGAUGUGUAAUCUUAUGUCACAUGUCGAAUACCAGCCAGUUGAGAGCUAAAGAGCAGCCAGUGGGCUCUUAUUAAGCACUCACCUGGAUCUGAGCUUCAGUUGUGAUCCAGGCCUGGCUCAGUUGGGCUCGUCAUCUCAUGGCUGUUACACGAACAGACUCGUGCACUAAUGAGAUGACUGAUUCCACUCAAGCUGGUUUUCCUGUCAGUAUUUCAUUAAAGUCCACCUCAGCUCAAGUCCUGGCCUUUUCCUCAGUUUUCUUCUAGCUAGCAGGAUUGUUUUUACAAAAGACAGCUGUGAAGUUUGUGUGUGCAUCUUUGGGGAAGGAAACCUGUGAUAUCAGUAAGCUGGUGGCACUGCUGGAAAGCAAAAGAAUGCAUGGGUGUUUGCAAAGCGUGGCAGAACAAGCCUUGAUUGUAUGAGUGCUUUUGUUUUCGAAACAUUCAGGGAGUGGAUUACAUCAUCCUUAAAUGGACGUGGCUGGAGCGAAAAAAGACAUUUUUAUUCUAAGAAACGACAUCACUGUGGGACACGUGCACUUCCCUUCUAAAAAUUUCCUUUAAAGGAGUCAGCUUUACGAAAAACACAAUCUGUCCCUCCAGGAUUUUCCUUGAGAGGUUCCUGCGUACGCAUUGAAGAGGAAAGGCAGAAAUAAAAGAGAGAAAACAGAGGAGAUGAACACGACAGCUCCCCUGCAGCUCUGCAGAGCCACCGUCAGCUGCAGUCGGAGAACACACCGUCUGUUGUGGCCUGCAAACAGAGGGCGAGCGAGCUACAGAAUAAGUGACACAGAGAGAGAGAGAGUCGUAGCUUAGUGAGGAAGUGAGAUUAGGGAGUGAAGGAGGCUGUCCUUUUCAUACUCAGGGGAGGAGCUGCCAGCUGACUUUGACACACACGUGUGUGAGAGCAACUGCGCUUGGGAAAGAGUGACUGUAGGCCGGAGACAUGGCAGCGACGGCAGGGAUCAAGGGAAGAGGGAACGGGUGAACCACAGAGAGGGGGAGAGAGCGGAGCUGAGACUGAAACUGGUGGUAUCGGCCGGUGCGCUCCUGUCGACCACGGCUUUCAGUUUUGGAUACAUGGGGACAGCUUGUUACCAAAAAGACGUCUCACUGCUAUCAUUAUCUGACUUCUGUCUCGGAUUAUGCGUCACUGACAUCAAUUCAAGGUCUGAGUAGAGGCGGAGGAGUGAAACAGUAGAACAUGUGGCCCGACUACAGGAAUGAGUGUAACCUCAACGCUCACCUGUACUCGCUCAUGUGCUGUGCAGAUGAGCGGGACAGGGUGCAGAAGAAAACCUUCACAAAAUGGGUCAACAAACAUCUCAUCAAGGUGAGGAAGCACAUCACAGACCUGUAUGAGGACCUGAGAGAUGGACACAACCUGAUUUCCUUGCUGGAAGUCCUCUCUGGAGUCACCCUGCAACAGAAGAGCGGCCCUCCAUUGAAAAGGGCAUACGCCUCGCGGGCCCCCCCUCUCAUCUCGCUCGGAGGGGAGGAUGAGGAGGAGGAAGGAGCUCAGGGACCCAGAGAAAAGGGCCGAAUGAGAUUUCAUCGACUACAGAAUGUCCAAAUAGCGCUGGACUUCCUCAAACAGAGACAGGUCAAACUUGUGAAUAUCAGGAACGAUGACAUCACCGAUGGGAACCCCAAACUGACAUUAGGACUCAUCUGGACCAUCAUCCUUCACUUCCAGGUCUGUGUCCUUCACUUGGCAUCUUUGUUUCUGGCGCUCUGUGUUCUCCUCUGAUUUGUAGCCGAUGUGGUCAAACCAGCAUCUGCAAAGUCCUUAAAGUCAGCAUUAGAGGGACGUAAUGGGCAGGAAGGCUUUAGAAUGAUGUAAUAC